GUGCUCAUCUCUCUCUCUCUCUCUCUCUCUCUCUCUCUCUCUCUCUCUCUCUCUCUCUCUCUCUCUCUCUCUCUCUCUCUCUCUCUCUCUCUCUCUCUCUCUCUCUCUCUCGCUCUCGCUCUCUCUCAGGUAGCUCCGCCUUGAUUGGACGUAGGCGAGACGGAUUGGUGGACUCGAGUGCAACGUUCCUUUUAAAAAACGCCCGGGAUGCAGACGUGGCAGAGGGGAGAGUGGUGUUGGUGUGUUGUAGCUACUGAGGUGUUAUUGACCUAGUUGACUUGUGAUCAGUGAGAUCUAAAUCGUGUACAUUGUUUUAAGUUGUCACCAAUUCUUAUUCACUUCUGUAAAGCACUCUCACUUUUGAUUCUUGACCAUAUUGUUUUCAUUCCAUUAUAAUUCUUUUCGUUUCUUUAUUGUGGCAGUUGUAUCGCCAUUUUUUUGUGAAUAUUGUAUAUAUAAUAUUUUCUUUGAUUACUGAAGCGGUAGGGGUUGGGUGCCUUUUUUCUUUUGCGUACAUCUUUUCUCCUGUGUUGAAUUAGCCAGUAAGGACGUCUGUAUUUUUUUUUCUUUUUUUUUUUUUUUACAGGGUUUAGUUAGAAAUAAUUCGGGUUUAGUUUAGUGGCCGUUUUGUUUAUUGUUUUGGCCUUGCCCAGCCCUGAAGAAGUUGCUUCAUUUAUUUUCUUGGCUUUGUGACGAAACUAAACAGAAAAUAAAUAAAAAAGAAAGAAAUUGUUGAAACUGAUUUUUAUUUAUUUAUGCUGCUUCCCUGACCUAGACCAGGGUCGUAACAUAAUUGGGGGCUCGUCCGGGAUUCAUACCGGGAUUCAUACCAGUCGAUAUGGCAUAAGGAUUGAAGACCUGAAGCCAUGAUAAAAUUGUUGAAGCUGACAGUGAGGCCGAAAAGGCUACUUUCACCCUUUCUGCAAAAAAGAGAUGAGAUGAAAAUGAUUACGGAAGCAAAAAGAGGAAUCUUCAAUCAGCAGAAAAGCUCCUCCCACACUGGAAUUCAUCAUCAGUGAAGCUCCUCCCACAGCAGUUCACCAGUAAAUGCUGGAAUAUUCCCAUCAGCCUACAAGUGAAGACGAGCAUCAAAACAUCAGGAAGAGCUGAAAUAUGCAAAGACUGAGUUUGUUAAAGAGGACAGUGAGAACAUGAGUGAUCCUGAACCCUGCAGAAUGAAACACACUGAAGAUACUGAAGAACAAAGAGAACUGAUGGAAGAGAACAUGGAGAGUGAAGAACUGAGUGAAGUGGAGGAGAAUCAUCUUUUUAAAUAUGGAGAAAAAAGUCGCUCAAAGACUAAAAAGACAUUUUUAAAGAAAAGAAGAGCCAAUAAAUCUUUCCCCUGCACUCAGUGUGGGAAGAGCUUCACACAAAAAAUACACCUUAAAGGACACAUGAGGAUCCACACCGGAGAAAAACCGGAAUCAUGUGAUCAGUGUGGCAUGAGUUUCACACACAAACAGCAUCUUGAGUGUCACAUGAGAGUUCACACUGGAGAGAAGCCUUUCAAGUGUGAUCAAUGUGGGAAGAGUUUCACGCAAUCAGCACACCUGAAAAGACACAUGAUGAUCCACACCGGAGAGAAGCCGUUCACAUGUGAUCAAUGUGGAAAGAGUUUCACAGACACAUCGAGCCUUAAGCUUCACAUGAGAAUCCACACUGGAGAGAAGCCGUACAUGUGUGAUCAGUGUGAAAAGAGAUUCUUAAACAAACAAUGUCUUGAGCUUCACAUGAAAGUUCAUACUGAAGAGAAGCCGUACACAUGUGAUCAAUGUGGGAAGAGUUUCAAACAAAAAAGAAAUCUUAAUCAACACAUGAAGAUCCACACUGAAGAGAAUCUGCAUGCAUGUGAUCAAUGUGGAAGCAGUUUCCCAAACAAACAAAAUCUUCAGGCUCACAGGAGAAUCCACACCGGAGAGAAGCCGUUCAAGUGUGAUCAGUGUGAAAAGAGAUUCCCAAACAAAAGCAGUCUUGAGCGUCACAUGAGAGUUCAUACCGGAGAGAGACCGUUCACAUGUGAUCAAUGUGGAAAGAGUUUCCCAUACAAACUAAGUCUUCGGAUUCACAUGAGAAUCCACACAGGGGAGAAGCCAUUCAUAUGUGAACAGUGUGACAAGAGAUUCUCAAGCAAACAAAGUCUUGAACUUCACAUGAGAGUUCAUACUGGACAGAAGCCGUUCACAUGUGAUCAAUGCGGGAAGAGUUUCACACAAAAAACUCAUCUCACAGGGCACAUGAGAAUCCACACAGGAGAGAAGCCGUAUGCGUGCAAUAAAUGUGGGAAGAGUUUCACACAAUCAACACACCUUAAAGGACACAUGAAAAUCCACACUGGAGAAAAACCGUUCAUGUGUGAACAAUGUGAAAAGAGAUUCACGCAUAAAAGUAAUCUUGAGCUUCACAUGAGGAUCCACACUGGAGAGAAGCCGUUCACUUGUGAUCAGUGCGGCAAAACAUUCCUUGGGUCAUCAGCUCUGAAGACACACCUGGCAGUUCAUACCAAGGUUAAGCCACAUUCAUGUUCUGUAUGCGGAAAGAGUUUUUCCCUGCUGCAAAGUUUACAUACACAUGAGAAAAUACAUGCUGAUGUGAGAGCUUAUAUGUGCGUUGAGUGUGGGAAGACUUUCACUACGGCAAACUGUUUAAAACUACACCAGAGAAUUCACACUGGAGCAAAACCUUACAAGUGCUCAUACUGUGACAAGAGAUUCAAUUGGUCAUCAAAUCGGAAAACACAUGAGAGGACCCACAGCAGAGAGAAGCUGCACACGUGUGAUCAGUGUGGAAGGAGUUUUGCCUUUAAAAGUCACCUAAAUCUACACAUGAAGAUCCAUGCAGUGGAGAAACCACAUCACCGCAGUCUGAAAUCACGGUAAGUAGUUCAUCUUUAUGUGCUGAGCAAUAAAGUAGAAGACCUUCACAGCCAAAUCAUCCUGUAGCCCAAGACUGGUUGCCCACUGAAGCUAAGCAGGGUUGAGUCUGGUCAGGACAUGGAUGGGUGAGUCCAGCAGGGGGCGCUGCUCAUCCUGUGGUCUGUGUGGGUCCUCCUGAUGCCCCAGUAUAGUGUCACAAGCACCGUCCUUUGAAUGAGACUUUAAACUGAGGUCCUGACUCACUGUGGUCAUAAAAAACCCAUUGCAUAGGGGUGUAACCCGGUGCCAAAUUUCCUCCAUUGGUCUUUAUCAAUCAUGGUCCCCUGAUAAUCCCCACCGAAUUGGCUCUGUCUCUCUCUCCUCUCCACCUAGCCGGUGUGUGGUGAGCGUCUUUCAGCUACUGUGCACUGGUGGUGGUUGAGAACUGAGAAGAGACCCCUGACAUGAUUGGAAAAUCGUUAUAUAAAUGCCUCCUUCAUUCAUUUAUUCAUAGUUUCUUAACAGCCACGAUGAGCGACAGGAUUUUGCAUAAGCAUUUUGAACUGCAAGAGUUUUACACUUUCUGCGUACGUUGAAUACGGAAAGCAGUCUGGUGGAAGCUAGAUAUUUCACUUCAUAACUUGUUAAUUAUGGAUUUUUUUUUUUUUUUACACGAACGCAUCGCUUCGCUUCAGAAGGCCUUUAUUAACCCUCCGGAGCCGUGUGGAGUACGUUUAUGAUGGAUGGAUGUGGAUGGAGACACUUUCUUCAGCUCAUACUCGUUGGUAACGUUCACUCCCAUUAUAAAGCUUGGAUGUGUCAGGAUAUUUAUUAAUAUUUCUCCGAUUGUGUUCAUCAGAAAGAAGAAAGUCAUAUACACCUAGGAUGGCUUGAGGGUGAGUAAAGCUUGGGGUAAUUAUCAUUUGAAAGUGAACUAAUUUUAACAUGGUCCUAAUUGUUUUUGACAUUUUAUAUAAAUUUGACUAUUUAAAUAUUAUUUAAAUAUCGAGCAAGCAAGUGCAUUGGCUGCAGAAGCAGCAGCGGCCAAUCAGCUUGUGCCAUGUAGGAAACUAUGUGAUUGCUUGCAGAUUACCACUGUGUUCCAUUCGGAAGGGCUCAUCCUUAUGCCCUAAUCCCUUCAAAGGGUUUACCCUCCGGAGUGAGAGUUUUGAAGGGAUGAAGGGUGUAGGGGUAAAAAAACCUCUUUUUUUUUGGAACGCACUUCUGCGUCAUCUUAACAAGACAAUCAAGGAGGCGACUUUGUCGCACAUUUUGUACGCUGAUUGACCCCCAAAAAUACACACGCUGAACAAUGAGUAGAUUGUGCAAGCUGCUCCUUUUGUUUAACAUUAGUUUAUUUAUUUUAUUUAUUUAUUUUUGGUUUAUAGCACCAUAUUGUAUAUUGUGUCUAUGUAUCUGAAACAUUUGAAUGGACUAAUAAAGGGAGCUGUAAAGUAUUUUUGUUGAAGUACAAUGUCGUUAAUGUAUAAUAAUAAUGUAAUAAUGUACCAAAUCUAACUCGUAUAAAUAUUACAGUAGUAUAGAAAAAUACUAUAAAUACAUUUAUAGGUAAAAUCGAACUCCAAGAUUCUUGUACCCAUUCUGUGAUGCCAAACAACUUCCCUGUGCAAAGGAUCAUGGGGGCCCGAAGUGUCCAUCAGUUGUACCCUUCGAAAUCCUUUAUUCCGAAGGGCCCUUUGAAGUGGCCAGUUUUGAGAAUUUCGGUUUGGAACGACCCUUCAAUAUGGCGGCCAUGAUUGUUUUCACUCCGAAGUGCCCUUUGGAAGACCUGAUGGACGUGAACAAGAAAGGAAAAACAGAA